AUGGAUUCUACAGAUGGUAAAAACAUAGGAUUUGUUAAAAGACAGGAAUUGAUUAGUGAAAGUAAGGAAAUAGAAAUGAUUGGUCAUCUUCACGGUGACAUUUUUAACCAAGAUAAAUUUUUAAUUAAUGGUGUUGAAAUGAGUGUUAAAUUGGUUCGAUCAAGAGAGAGUUUUAAUUUAAUUGUUGGAUCAAACGAUGUAAAGUUUAAAGUUUGUAUUACGGACGCAACUCUUAUUGUUCGACGAGCACGAAUUAAUCCAAGUGUAUUACUCGCACAUCAAAAAGUUUUAGCUUCUACCACUGCUAAAUAUCCUAUUACUCGAGCUGAAGUAAAAGUUUUAACAAUUCCUUCGGGUGUUCAAGGAAAAACUCUUGAUAAUAUAUUUUUAGGACAGGUACCGAAAAGAUGUAUAAUUGGAUUUGUGAACAAUUCUGCAUUUAAUGGUUCCCUUACUAAAAAUCCAUUUAACUUUGAAAACUAUGGUAUUAAUUCUUUCACCUUAUAUAUUGAUGGUCAACAAAUACCUUCAAAAGCUUUGCAACCAUCUUUUAAUAAUAGCAUAUUUACAUCAGCAUAUCAUACUCUAUUCUCGGGAACUGGUAUUCACUUUCUUAAUGAAGGAAAUGGAAUCUCUUGUGAACAGUAUGGCAAAGGUUACUGUCUAUUAGCAUUUGACUUAACUCCUGAUUUAUCAGCUAACUCAUCAACUCAUUGGAAUCUCAUAAAGCAUGGUAGUGUAAGAAUAGAAGUACGAUUUGAAUCCUCAUUAAUACAAACAAUUAACUGUAUAGUUUAUACUGAGUUUGAUAAUAUUAUUGAGAUAGAUAAAAACAGAAAUGUUACUGUAGACUAUAGUAGUUAA